AUGCAAAGCAAUCGUUUGACUAGUUUCAAGUUGGCCUGGCCACAAAGCCAACGUCAAAGCUGGACGCAGUUGCUCAGCAUUUAUACAGCCGGCGCGCAUAUUCAUGGCUUCUAUCAGCUGUUCUGGCCCACAAUGCGUCAACGCAUGCGCAUACUCUGGGCCUUGGCGCUAAUGAGCGCCUGUUAUGUCCUCAUCUAUGUGAGUUAUUUGCUGGCGGAGCGUUUCCAACGCCGCACUAUACACACCAUCGUGUCCAACUCGCAUUGGCCUAUCUCAAGCAUUGCCUUUCCGGUGGUUAUAGUCUGCAAUAAGAAUCGCCUCAACUGGUCACGUGUGCCGCUGAUAAAGCAACGCUAUAAUAUAAGCGAUAAACAGUCGCCGCUGUUCGAGCGCGUGCUGAGCGCUUACGAUGCGCUACAGUUUCAGCAUUUUCAAGUGUUUGCUGAACUGGCAGCUGAGCCGCUGCUUCAUACGCUAAAUCAUUUGAAUUUUACGCAGAUUGUUACGGAGCUGGCUUGGCGCUGUGAUGAGCUGCUGGCUGAUUGCAGCUGGCAUACCCAAUCUGUUGACUGCUGUGAGGUGUUUCGACCCCGACGCGUUUUGUUGGGCGCCUGCUUGGAGUUUAAUGAGCUGGAGCAGCGCGCCAGUAUUGAAGUGGGCAAGGGCAAAGGCUUGCGAGCGCGUCUUAUGCUGAAUGCUGCGCUACAUGCGCCAGCUAAUGCACUGCCCAAGGGAUUUGUGCUCAACAUUCUGGAGCCCACGGUGUGGUUCAACUUUCCCAUUGAGCUGCUGCCACAUACGAAUGUGGACAUUGGCAUUACAGCUGUUUAUCAUUACUACGAUGAGAACACCUAUGUGCUGAACAGUAAACAGCGCGAGUGUCUGCAUGAGAACGAGCAGUUCAAAACUUUGCAGAACUUCAACUACAUGCUGGAGAACUGUCAGGCCGAAUGCCAGCAGCUCUACAUGCUGCGCUACUGCAAUUGCAGCUUGGACUUGUUCUAUCCACCAUCGAAUCAUAAGCCCUGUCAGCUCGCAGACUUACCUUGCUUGGCAGCCAACAAUCAGCACUUGCAAAACUAUGCAGAGCCUGGUGAGGAAGCAUUCGUGGUGCAGCGUGAAACUGAGAAAGGCAUGCACUGUGAUUGCCAGCUAAACUGCAAGUCAUUGACACUGCUCACCGACAUCUAUGAGCAUGUGCAGCCAAUUGGUGUGCAGCAGCAGAAUGGCUCCAUUAUGAUGGAUGUCUACUACAAGCGUAAAGAUAUUUUGGUAUACAAGACGAGUCUCGUAUACAGCUGGCUGGAUUUAAUUGUUUCGUUUGGUGGCAUUUGUCAGCUUUGUCUGGGCUGUUCUAUUAUCAGCCUCAUAGAGCUGUGCUAUUUCACUCUCGUUGAUGUGCCUUUUUUUUGCUGGACGCGUUUUGCAUUGCAACAGCGCUGAACAUUGUACAAUUCUGUCAAAUAAAAAUGCCAUUGAGCAUUGUAUGCAUUUUAUUUUUGUUUAUUGCUGUUUAUGGUCUGGUGCAUGCUGAAGAGCUCUGGACUCUUGGCUUGACAUAUGCAAAGCACUUGCUAGCAGCAAAUGUCUUUUGUUCUUUCUUUCAUUGUAGUACUACUCUCUGGGGUAGCAUUUGUUAUUGCAGA